AUGACGGACUUCGAAAAGGCGUACGAGAAAGCUAUUGAAGACAAUAUCCUUCCUGGAUAUGCUCUACUUGCAGGCGAUAAAGAUGGCAAUAUCCUCUACUCGGGUGCAAAAGGUGUUCAGUCACUCGCGCAAGGCUCUACACGCCCUUUCCAGCUCGAUACAAUAUGCGCCAUCGCAUCAAUGACGAAGCUCAUGACUGCUGUGGCAGCCUUGAAGUGCGUUGAGGAAGGACUUAUUACGCUUGACGAAGACGUAGCGAAGUAUUUGCCAACUAUUGGAAAAUUUGGCAUUAUGACCAGUUUCGACGAUGAGAAAAAUGAGGCGGUCACUGUGCCUAAUAACACGCCGAUCACUCUGAGGAUGCUACUGAGUCACACGAACGGCCAUGAGUAUGACUGGUUUAACCCUGAUCUGAUGAAGUGGCGUGCAAGCCGCGGAGAGACCCCCUGGUGUGGACCGACUGUUGAGGAAAAAUCUACUCUGCCGCUUCUGUACGAGCCAGGCACCAGCUUCAGAUAUGGCGCGGGGUCGGAUUGGGCAGGCAAACUCGUCGAGAAAGUGUCUGGGAAGACACUCGAUGCUUUCAUGAAAGAGAAGAUAUGGACGCCUCUUGGCAUACAGGAUAUCUCCUUCUACCCAAAGGAAAGACCUGAUAUGGAAGGUCGGAUGGCGACCAUCAGCACACUCAAUGAGCAGGGUGAAGGGCCGGUGGCAGAUACUGGUGGCUUUGACGUCCUGUUCGGCGCCACAGACUGCCUGGGAGGUGCGGGUGCUUUCGCGAGCCCAGAGGCCUACUUUGCCUUCCUUCAAUCCGUUCUAAAGCGCGACCCCAAGCUACUGAAUGGAGAUUCCUGGACAGAGCUCUUCAAGCCACAGCUCGAUGAGAGGUGCAAGAAGGAGUUCAACAACUACCUCAAGUCUUCACCCCUGCAUAUGCAGUAUCUCGGCAUGUGUCUACCUACGGAUAUCGAGAAGCAAUGGUCGUUCGCCGGAAUGAUUGUUGAGCAAGGCCAAGAAGGACGCAUGAACGCUGGAACGUUCUUCUGGGGUGGUGUUCCUAGUAUGACCUGGUAUAUCGAUUUCAAAGCUGGGGUCUGCGGCGUAGCAUUCUGCCAGGUCAUCCCACCGAUGAGCCCGAGCAUAUUGAAGCUGCAUGAGCAGUUUCAAAGAGCAAUGUAUGAGAGAGCUGUAGCCUAA